UGUCUGAUAUACCACUGCUUUCAGCCAAUCAGCAUUCAGGGCUAUAACUGGGUGGUUCGAAACCUGAAUGCUGACAGCUGUGGAAUAUCAGAUCUCCGGAUUACGUCGUGCAUAAGAGCAGCCCUUAGCCGUGGUAUAUUGGCCAUAUACCAUGCCACCUCGGGCCUUAUUGCUUAAAUAACCCACAUCCAUCUGUGUCGACUCGUAACAGGGAUAGAUCGAAACACACAGCUUCUUCCAAAACUCCCAAAUAUCUCCCAAGUGGCAAGCUUGAUGCCCAUAACCCCUUACCACAGAUCUAGGGUCUGAUAAGCCUACCCCAAAUCCUGAACUUUGAGAAAAUAUCUGAGCAUGUAUCAGUGACGUCUACUAACUGGAAGGUACAGGACGAUGGACUGACUGACUGGGGAGGCGUUGCAAUGGCCAGUCCUAAAGUCUUCCACUCUCUGGUUAGAAGUUUCCCAUGAGCAGAUCUAGGAUCAGCGUACCCUGCCCCAGUCCUAAUUAUAACUUUGGGUGGAAAAUAGUUGGAACAGAGCUUGGAUCAGCGUCUACAGGCAACUCCUUAUUUGAGUAAUAUGAAGUGGGUGGGCCUUCAUGAGAGGUGUUCGCAAAGUCUGCCCCAUCCAGAAGCUUCUCUCUCAAUACCCAGUCUCUCUUCCACCUCUCUCUUCCCCUCUUUUUUUGAUCCAGCACUCACUAGCACAUGCUUCAGGAGCUCUGGAGACUCAGUCCAGUCGUCCUAGCUCAACACCGGAACCAUCAUGGCCAACUGCAGCAGUGUAUCCAGACUCGUCCUUCUGGUCCUGCUAGGCCUCUGGGUAGCCACCAUCCACUCAGAGACCGUGGAAGACCCCACGCCAACUUUACAAGGGGACAACCAGGACACACUGUCCGGUGGCGGGACAUAUGACGUCACCACCAAAGAUCCCUUCAAGGACAUGACGGAGAGAGUGUUAACCUUCGAGUAUGAGGACACCACCCACUCACAGGUCAUGGAUGAGGAGGAAGGUGUCCUGGGCCCGGGCGCCAUCACAGCUAUUGUCAUCGCUGUCUUCCUGGGGGCUUCAGUCCUCCUCGCCCUCAUUGUCAUCACACUCAGGAAGUUCACCGCUUCCUAGAGCUAAUACUUCCUCUUCCUCCCUUUCAAUCUCUCACACUUUUCUUACCUCCACUUCUCUCUCUCUCAUUCAUCUAUCUUCAUGGUCUUUCUUGCCCAUUCUCUCACUUUUGCUCAGUUUCUCUUAUACCCACACAUAUUGUGAAAGUGACAACCCUUCUAUAACCCCUGGACGCUCUAAUAUAGUGGCAGGUCCCUUUGGCCUUGAAGCGCAACCGACAAUGAAUUUCCUUCAGACUCUAGCUACUAUAAUCAUAUUGUUUAUGUUGGCACACAUGUCAGCUUGUUACUAAAGGGUCAAUCCUAGCUUCCACUCAAGUCAAAAUUGACUUACAACAGAGACUGGCAGGUUCUUCCAGUGUAUACAGGUAACUGCCAAAAUAAUGGAAACACUUGAGUAAAUGAGAGAGAAAGUAUAUUGAAAGCAGGUGCUUCCACACAGGUGUGGUUCCUGAGUUAUUUCAACAAUUAACAUCCCAUCAUGCUUAGGGUCAUGUAUAAAAAUGCUUAUCAGGCCAUUAUUUUGGCUACCAUGACUAUAGGAUGACAAUGCCCCCAUCCACAGGGCACAAAUGGUCACUGAGUGGUUUGAUGAGCAAACGAUGUAAACCAAAUGCAAUGGCCGUCUGUCACCAGAUGGGAUAUUCUGGAGUGGUGUUUGUGACAGCAUUUUCCACCACCAUCAACAAAACACCAAAUUAUGGAAAUUCUCAUGGAAGAAUGGCAUUGCAUCUCUCCAAUAGAGUUCCAGACACUUGUGGAAUCUGGUGCAUUAAAGCUGUUCUGGCGCAUGGUGGCCCGAUGCCCCCUAUUAACACUUUACGUUGGUGUUUCCUUUAUUUUGGCAGUUACAAUCAGAUCCGCUUUAGCCAACAUCCGCUUAGCGGAUAAUGCCAGAGGUGAACUGCAUUAUAGCUGUCAAAUCUAGUGGCUCCAGGCAUUACACCAAAAGCAGACAUCUCCCUUGGUCACAUUAAGAGAAAUCCAAUGCCUGUCAAGAUUUCUUAAAGAUUUUUGAACAAUGUAUCUGUUAUACUAAUCUGUAAUGAGCCUAUGAGCCCCCCCCCCCCCCGGCUCAUAGUAAUGGCUGGAGCGGUGUUAAUGCAAUGGUAUUAAAAAACAGUCUGAAAGUGCUUGAUACCAUUCCAGUGAUUCAAUACCAGGUAUUAUUAUGAGCCCCCCCCCCCCCCACUGUAAUUCAUCUCUUUUGAAGACAAAAUGUAUGUCUAAUGAUCUGUAGUUUACAGUUGUGUGUCCAAGUGUUUUGUCGAGCAUUGUGAUUUGUUUUUGUAGGUCUUUUUUUUCUUCUGACGGUUAUGUUGUGGGUUAGAGUAUCCUGUCUCAGAUUUUGUUUGUCUUGUGGAUGAAAGGGUGUGAUGAGUGUGUCUUUGUGAAGAUUGUUCCACCAUGUUCAUUAUGUUGCAGUAAUACUGAGUGCUUUAAAAGGCAAGUGUUAUUGACAA